AUGGAUGUGAGGGGAGAGAAUUCGGUUGUGUUGGCAAGUGAUCUGAGCUUUGUCCGACAUGUAGCGCGUUAUUUCGCGCGGGAAGAGAACAAGCUUGACGUCCUCUGGAACAACGCCGGUAUCGGGCCUAACAGCGUCGCAUACGAGGUGCGCACGGCGCAGGAUUUAGAGCUCUUUACGGGAGUGCACUGCGCACCACGGAACGGCGUUAACUUUGCCCUAUUAGAAACGGGCACGCGGGAUCAGACGACCAAUUACGCAGCUUCAAAGGCCGGUGCAUGGGUGCUUGGACUGGAGUUUGGCCGGAGGUAUGCCCAGGAUGGCAUUCUCAGCAUCGUUAUGAACACUGGAAACCUAGACGCUGGGUCAUUCGAAGGGACGUCACAUUUUGCCAUGCUCGUGAUGAGGAUAUUAUGGCUACAGAACCCGGUUUUUGGUGCAUAUACGGAGCUCUUUGCUGGAUUAUCUCCUGAUGUCACAAGAGACACACACGGCAGAUAUAUCUUCCCAUGGGGUAGAUUGAUCCCCGAUAGCAAUAUCGUACGCCAGGAUGUUCUAGAGGCCGCCGAGCCGGAAGAGCGGGGUUGGCUCGGCUACGGCAAGAAGUUAUGGGAGUGGUGUGAGACAAAAUGGGAAUUUAAGUAA